GUCGGUCGCGUCGUAGUCGUCGUUGUUGCACACGCGGACCGAGGCGAGAGUUCACACCGGAACGAACGCGGACGAAACGUUGCGCACCGCACCGCGGACCAGUCGAAAACCCGUCCGCUAACCGUCUCCCACUACCCCCGCACGUGAUAAUAAUUGCUCAGUGUUUCUCUGAUAACGAUACGCGUUUCUCCGUAGCCGUAGACGGAACAAUAAUAAUAAUAAUAAUAAUAAUAAUAAUAAUAAAUACCUGCGACCCGUCUCUAUCUACCUAAUAAUAAUAGUAAUAAUAAUAAUCGCAACGAUGAUUAAUACCGUUUCAAUCUCGGUGUCGAGCGUCCGGAUCCCGUGCAGUUAAAUCGAAAUAUCAGUUCUCCGUUCGAGCGGCGCACUCGCGCGCGUCAACACCCGUCGACAACCAUGGCGUACAAGUGAUUCCGCGUAGAAAGUGUUUCGCCGUCGUUACUACCCGGGACGUGCGACGACGUUGUUACAUUUGGCCGCAGCCGUACCUAUUCGACGACGACGAUAUGAACGGUCGGUGAAGCCCUUCCAGUGUUCUCCGUGGCAACAUCCGCCCGUUCGGUGCUCGGGCCGUUUGAUGUGUUUUCACGUCAUGAUGUCAUCGAGUACGAACCGAAUGAUACAACCGAGGAACCUGGCUUCGAUAUUGAUGAAACUGCAUGGCGCAUUCGCGGAAGCUAUAACGUCACCCAAGGCGUCCAUUGACAAGCGUACCCUUGAGAAGACUUGGAAACUGAUGGACAAGGUGGUCAAAUUAUGUCAACAUUCCAAGAUGAACCUGAAGAAUUCUCCACCGUUCAUACUCGACAUAUUGCCUGACACUUAUCAGCGGCUCAGAUUCAUUUACACACAGUAUGAGAAUGAUCUCUCCGAACUGUAUAACAAUGAACAUUUCAAUGUAUUCAUAUUGAAUGUGAUACGAAAGUGCAAACAGGCCAUUAAACUAUUCAAGGAGGGCAAGGAGAAAAUGUAUGAUGAGAAUUCUCAUUAUAGGAGAAAUUUGACUAAAUUGAGUUUAGUGUUCAGCCAUAUGCUCAGUGAACUCAAAGCAUUAUUUCCAAACCAUCGAUUUGCAGGUGAUAAAUUUAGGAUAACUAAAAGUGAUGCUGCAGAAUUCUGGAGGUCAAACUUUGGAAUGAGCACUGUAGUUCCUUGGAAAUUAUUUCGAAGUGCUCUUCAUGAUGUCCAUCCAAUUGUAAGUGGACUUGAAGCGAUGGCUCUCAAAUCAACAAUAGACUUAACAUGCAAUGAUUACAUAUCCAAUUUUGAAUUCGAUGUUUUUACUAGAUUAUUUCAACCUUGGCCGACUUUACUAAGAAAUUGGAAGAUAUUAGCUGUAACUCAUCCGGGAUACGUUGCGUUUUUAACAUACGAUGAAGUAAAAGCUCGUUUAGAAAAAUUCAUCACUAGACCAGGAAGUUAUGUUUUCCGCCUAAGCUGCACACGAUUAGGACAAUGGGCUAUUGGUUACGUGACAACAGAAGGCGAAAUAUUACAGACCAUUCCUCAAAACAAAUCUCUAUGCCAAGCGUUGUUGGAUGGCGCCCGCGAAGGAUUUUAUCUAUAUCCGGAUGGACAAAAAGGAAAUCCAGAUCUAUCGAACGCGGUGGAACAAAGUCCAGAAAACCAUAUCAGAGUUACUCACGAACAAUACGAAAUGUAUUGCGAAAUGGGGUCAACUUUUCAAAUAUGCAAAAUAUGUACGGAAAAUGACAAGGACGUAAGAAUCGAACCGUGUGGUCAUCUUUUAUGUACUCCAUGUCUGAAUUCUUGGAUGGAGUCCGAUGGACAGGGUUGUCCGUAUUGUCGGGCCGAGAUCAAAGGCACGGAACACGUCGUAGUUGAUCCUUUCGACCCAAAGAGAGUCAAAUACAAAACCGUUCCCAUCAUGCCGAUCGUAGUGCAACACUCUGAUGACGAAGAAGACGAAGAAGACGAUGAAAAAGUUAUGACGAUAUUUAAAUAACAUACAACGUCGUCGUCAUCGGCGACGACAUUUUUCCAAAAAAAGGAAUACAAUAAAUAGGUUUUUUCGUCGCUUGAGACCAUUUUACUGUGAUAUAACGUAGGUAUGUUUCAAUAUGUGUCUGCAUUGUUAAUUUCGAUUAAAUAAUGGAAUAAAAUUCUCAUUGACAGUUUUUUUUUGUCUAUGUGGUAUUUUUUCUCUGUAUGUGAUAAUAUCAAUAUUUAUAGUUUGAAUAAGAUGUGAUAGCAAAAAAAAAGGAAGUGUUCUAAAUAAAUAUAUAAAA